CAUUCAUCACUCCCCUAAUCCUGCACCCCUGCAGCAGUUCUGUGCAGGGUGUUUCCCCACCCCUUCCUUCCAACUUCCCUCUCCUGAAAUAACACUACCUUCUCCACUCCCCCAGUCACACCACUGAGUCACAUUUCUCCUCGUUUUUUCAGCAAAAAAACAGGAUGAAAGAAGGAGAAUGGACCUGGCUAAAGCAAGUAAAUUCCUGGCUGCCAGCUUGCUCCUCUUCACUCUGGUUGGAGAUACCACUGAGGCCUGCAAAUGUGCCUCCGAGCACCCCCAGGAAGCAUUCUGCUCCUAUGAUGUCGUGCUCAGGGUCAAAUUUAUGGAAAGCGGCAGGAUAAACAAUAACUUCAAAAUCAUCAAGGUCUACAAAGGUCCUGAAGAGGCGCAAGAUGUCCACUAUGUCGGCACUCAAACAAUUCCUGGCCUAUGUGAAUACCACUACCAAGUAGACCACACAGAUGAAUACAUCAUUGCAGGGGAGCUGGACGGUGACACAGUCUGGCUCAGUGUCUGCGCUUUCCUCAAACGAUGGUCCAGGGUAACCCCUGAGCAGAGGCGAGGCUUUACCUCAGAGUACAGCAAGGGCUGCUCUUGCUCGAUUGUGUGGGGCCAUUCAGAAGGCUCCAUCAGCUCCAAUGAGUGCGUGUGGACAUAUCAACGCUUGCCAACAAAUUUGCGUGAUUUCCAGUAUAAACACAUGGUCUGCCUGCCCCAGGUUGAAAAAGGUGGCAUGUGCACCUGGAAAUCCUUGGGUACCCUAGAGCCUGGAUCCUUUCGUAAGAGGCAGCUGACGCAGUGACAUCUUCAUGAAUUCUCACGAAGCAGGUGCUCCAUGCCACUAACCCCUCCCCACUCUUCUCUCUGUGUUGACUCUUUUUAAAUAAAUGGUGGAUCCAAACCCA